ACUAAACCGAAUACACACUAGUACGAAAUUCGAUAAGCUAGAAACGUUCCGUUUAUGUUUCCCUCCAUGCACGUAAAAUUGAUAACAAACAUGUACUAUUUCUUAUCAAAAAAAAAAAGUAAAAUACAAACUCACUGUUUAUAAUGAAAUAAUUUGUUUACUUACACAUUUAAAUUGUUCAAGCUAGUUGUCUGUAGUCGAAACUUAAACAAUCAUGGGCCGUAUUAGAAAAAGAGAUCCAAGAGCCAAAAAUUAUAAGAUUCUCAAUCAAAAUGAUUUAGAAUCGGCCAUUCGCUGCAUAAAGACACGACAAAUGACCUAUAGAGAAGCUAGUGAAGUAUAUGGUAUACAUUAUUCAGUACUUUUCCGCCAUGUCAAAAAUCCAAACAUGAAGGCACAAGGUGGACAAACAGCACUUUCCACUGAAGAAGAAAAUCAUAUAGUAUCAUGCCUGUUUGUAAAGUAAUUACAAAGCGUGAAUCGAAAUACCCUGAACAGAUUAUGAAUAACAGUAAAGCUUCUACUUCAGUAAUGUUUGCUGCUGCAGCUAAUGGAGAACUCCUACCUCCAUAUGUUGUAUAUAGAUCAAAACAUAUAUAUGAUACAUGGAAAAUUGGUGGUCCUAAACAUACCCGUUUUAAUCGAACAAAAUCUGGUUGGUUUGACAGUUUUUGUUUUGACGAUUGGAUUAAAACAAUUGCUAUUCCAUAUCUAUCCAAACUUUCUGGGACAAAAAUAUUAAUUGGAGAUAAUUUGUCAAGUCAUCUUUCCACUGAAUCAAUUAAAAUUUGCCAAAAAUAUAAUAUUAAGUUUGUAUUCCUACCUACCAAUUCCACCCAUUUAACUCAACCGCUUGACGUGGCCUUUUUUAGACCACUGAAAAUGCACUGGAGAAGUAUUUUAGAAAAUUUGAAAAAAACUGAUGGUGCUCAUGAAAUAUGUAUUCCUAAGGAUCGUUUUCCUAUGUUAUUGAAACGACUUAUACUAAAACUCAAUGAAAAUGGUGUAAAUAAUAUUAAAGCUGGUUUUAAUAAAUGUGGUAUUGUGCCAUUUAACAGAGAAAGAGUCCUAACUAUGUUGCCGUAUUAUAGCUGUGAUGUUAAUCAAAGUGGAGAUAGCAUAAAUAAUUCAGUUUUAGAGUUCUUAAAAAGUAUGAGGUCAAGUAACAGUACACCAAGAAAAACUAAAAAAAGAUUACAGGUAGAACCAGGGAAAAGUGUUGAAACUGUGUCAGAUACUGAUAGUGACUCAGAACUAAUAACAGAAUUACCUCAUGAAAGUUCAUCAGAUGCAGACGAACCUGAAAUGUCAUUAAGUAAUGUUCUCCAUACUACUUCAGAACCUCAAGUAGUGAAACAUGGCAUAACAUUUAAAAAUGUAAUCCUUAUAGACAAAGAAAAUGAAGUAAACGUUGAUGACUGGGUAUUAGUAUCUUUCCAAGUCGAGAAUCUCAAGCAAUCAUCUAGUAAAGAUAUGGUAUACGUGUAUUAUAUUGGACAAAUCAUUAAACAAUUAGAUGGAUCUACAUUUGAAGGUACAUUUUUAAGAAGUAAGACCACAAAACUGUUUAAAUGCUUUGUGUAUGGGUUUCCAAAUGUUAAAGAUAUUUGUGAGUUUGAUAGAUCCCAAAUUAUUGGAAAAAUGCCAAAAACAGUACCAUAUUGCAGAGGGCUUUUCAAGUUCAAUUUUAACUGUAACUCCAUAUAGUCUUCUAAUCAUUUACUUUUAACAAUUUAUAGAUGAAAGUAUUAACUACCUAAUUAAUUAUGUUUGUUGCCUACUGUAUAAUAUAAAAAAAGUAAAUCCAAAGACUGGAAAUUAUUUGACUAAAAUGUUAAUUUUAUUUUUAUUUUUUAUAUGAUGUAUUUAUAUACAUUUUGUUACAUUUAAAUUUAUUAUGAUUUGUGAUAAGUUAAUCCAAAGACUGGAAAUUAAAAGACUAAAUGUUAAUUUUAUUUUUUAUAUGAUGUAUUUAUAUACAUUUUGUUACAUUUAAAUUUAUUAUGAUUUGUGAUAAGUUAAUCCAAAGACUGGAAAUUAAAAGACUAUAAUGUUAAUUUUAUUUUUAUUUUUUCAUAUGAUGUAUGACUAAAAUGUUAUGACAAGGUGUUAUUUUUAUUUUGUUUUUUUAAUAUUUAUUGAUACAGUUGGUUAAUGUUGUUGUAUUUAAAUAAAAAAAAAAAAGUUGAAUGGUAAAAGUUGUGUACAAUUUUUAAAAAAUAUCAAUAAUUGUUUCUAUUCAACAGCCUGUUGAUAUAAUAGAAAAAUGUAUGAAAAAGUCAUAAAUAUUUCUAUUGUCACCAACUGUCGGGUCAAUAGAAACAGAGCACUUAAGAAAAUAUAUACAAUUAUUUAUUGAAACUAAAAAUUUUUUAAUCGACAGUUUUAGAGUACUCGACAAGACCAGUAUUUUGAUGUACUAAUCAACUUUGUAGCUCAAAUAGAUAAGUUUUUAUGAUACUUCAAAG